UUUAGAAAAUGGAUGGCUACAACCUAGUCAAUGUCAAAUACGAAUGCAAAAGAUGAGAAAAAAUUUACUCCAGAUUACUUAAUCCUGAUGAUACCAUUACUUGAGAAGUUUGAGGGCAGAGGUUCUGCCAGAAAGUUGAUAGAAAGAAAAAGAAGAGAGUCAUUAAGAAAGAAAACAUCCGUAGGGAAAGAGGUAGGGAGAACACAGGCGCCUACUCCAUGGUUUUCAGUAGGAGGUCUGGAAGUCAUAACAGAACAGAUGUAUACGAUAGAGACCCGGAGAAUCUUCAUGGUGAUGCAAAUGCAAAUAGAGCCGGAGGGACUCCUAGUGAGAGCCAUGAAGAGCGAAAGGCUCCACCCACUGGCCAUCGUAACAAUCGAGACGGCAGAAACGAUAGAGACGAUAGAAGGGCUCCGAUGCCAGACAAUCCUUUUGAUAACUCAUUUACUGGAGAGUUUCACUUCGGAAACUUCGGAACCAGAGCUCCUCCAUCGAGACCUAGCGAAAGCAGACAUGGACACGGACCUACCAGAAUUAACUUAAGUAGAGCCAACACAGAUGCAAACGAUCAUGCUCCUGGAGCUUUUGGAAACAGCAGUCCAUUUACAAAUAAUGGCAGUCCUCCGUCUGACAACACUCAUCAAGCAAGACAAAGCAGACAAAGUAGACAAAGAGGCACUCCGGGUGGUGCCAGGAGAAGAGGAGCCUCGCCGAGUGUGAUCUUUCAUGCCUUCUUCUCAGACCCGACUCACCCUAACAGAGGAUUUAGUGUUACCAGAGAGUUUAAUGACGGAGACGACGACCAUGGAGGUAUCAACUUCUUUGCAAACUUUGGAGUCUUCAAUAGUUUGUUCCAAGACCUUGUUGGAGACAUUUUCAACCAGGAGUCGUUCAUGACGAACUUCCAGUCGAAUUUCAGAAGCAGCGAUAUUUUCCAAGACAUCAUCAACAGGUCUGCCCAGGAGGCUGAAGAAGCAGCCAAGAGGCCCACUGACAAAGAUAUUAGGAAGAAGUUAGCCGUUGUCAAGAUUGGCAGAAAGCAUUGCAAGAAGAACAAAGACGGCAAGGUCGAAGCGCCAUCUUGCACCGUGUGCAUCAGUGAGAUUCCAAAAGGUGAUGAAGGACUGGUUUUACCUUGUGGACACAUCUUCCACCCAGACUGCAUUAACCCUUGGCUUGAUGAGCACAAUACAUGUCCAACCUGUAGACACGAGCUUCCAUCCGAAAGAGACAGGGAGGGAGGACCAACUAGAAGCAGACAGUCCAGAAGAGGAAAUUUCAGAGCCGGGAGAUCUUAAAUUACUCAUCAAUAGCCUAUUCCCACUUAAAUAUUUUUCAAUUUC